CUCCUUCCGCGACUUCGAAAUCUUUCAUGCUGCUCAAGUUCAUACUCAUAUUCCAUUACUGCUCUCAACGACUUCCUGCGUCUCUUCUUACGUGUAGCUCUUGUCGCCCUCAUAGUCGGUCCACUCUUUCAACCUAAGCCUGUGUAAAAUCAAAGGACACGGUCUCGGUUUACCUCUCUACACACCAAAAAAUAACAAGGAACAUUAAUAACAUCAUAAUAACAUCGGAAGCUCGAUUUCGACGUGUAUCUUCAAGUAAUAAUCUCGCCAGUAUUCUGGUCCGUCUGGAAUGGCCAAGAAAAAGAAGACACAGCUAAAGCCUGUUGCACGGGGUUUUGCGACGACCUCUGUCCCGAAAAAAGUCAUUCCAAUUGACGAAGGGGAGGUACUACAACCAGCAGUCCUGGACGAUUGCGUUCAGCAACGAAAAUCUAACACAGACGAAUCUCCCUCCGCAGUCGUUACGGAAACCCAGCCCGCGAACGAGUUUGAUCCUGAACAGGCGGAGGAACAAUCAUUGCAGAAUUUAGUCGACAGAUUACAGGAGAAGACGGAGAAGGAAAUAACGAGGACAUUGAAGGCAAUAGAGGUCGACCGACGUUACGCCCAGUCUUUUCCAAUGCUGGAACUCAACCCAAGUUUGGUUUCACGCGUUCUCGAUCUCUCAUUAGAGCUAGACCCCGGAGAAAGAAAACAAUUAGAUGAGGCCGAAGAUAAAGCAAUUGCGAGGCUUGCUAUAACCUAUGGGGUGCUCAGGCGUUUGGGAUUUUCGGAUGAGAGGGUAGAGGAAUGCCUAAAGGAAAUUAAUGGCGUUGAGCUCGAGGAGGCGUAUAACUGGCUCUAUCUCCAUUGCACUGAAUUUGAACUAUCUGGAUCAUCUUCUAACGGCUUAGAUGAAUCAUUGUGCCGAACUCCACGAACUUCUACGACCCCUCCCGAACAAACUAGUACUUUUCCCAAGUCACCGACGACCCCUCGAACCCCUGCUGACUUUCUUGCGCCACCUUCCCCGUCUUCGGCGCGUAAACACAUCUCUCGCUUGAAUGCCCAAGCUCCUUCAUUUGUUCCUUCAGGGACACACAUUCAAUCAUUAUCUGCCGUCUACACUCCUGAGGACAGAACCAGCCAUCAAUCGAGUUACGGUGGGGUGCUUUAUAAUGAAGAUUCUGGCCAUGAUGAUAACGAAUUGAUGAUGGACUAUGUUCGAACGAAGUUGGGGAUUGCAAGUCUCACGACCCAUCGCUCGGCAGCAAUUAAAGCCCCAGCAAGUGAACUUCAACAGUUGCAGACCAAGCUGCUGUCUAUUAAACAGGACUAUCUAUUUGAUGAAAGAGAGGCUGAAGCACUCUAUCAGAAAGCUCGAAAAGACGUCGAGUCUGACUUACUCCGUGAACGUCUCCUGGGAAACAUUUCCGACUCCAAUUCACGCUCUCCGAAAACCGACAAGAAGCGUCCCCCUAAGAUACAGUUGUCAGAAACCGAAGUCGCUACUUCGACCGUGGAUGUUUUCGAUCAAGUUAGCGAUGGCGAACCAGGUCUUCUUGAACUUUUGGAAGUGCUCCCUAUCUCAGAGCCCAAUGACGAAGGACGACCCGUGAAGAUUCGUGAUAUGGCGCUUCCUAAGAAUUGGUCUGGUCGUACUCCAAAACUACUCUUGCAAGGAACGGUCAGAAAAUCCGACAAGUAUGCUGUGAUCACCUACUCGAUCGUGUCGGGUCAAAGUAGAGCUAAGCGUGCUGCUGUGCGGAUCAGGUGGCACGGGAAAAGGUUAGACGAGUGGACCAUGGAAGAUGCAGCAUGUCACGACGAAAAUCAAGCGGAACAGUAUGUCGCAACUAUAGCCCUUCAUGAACUUACAUUCCCAGGCACGGAGGGCUUCGCGUCCGGAAACCCUGGUGCCUCGAACACGCACACCUUCUUCCGAUUGCUACCCCCGAUGUACCGUGAUUUAUGGGAUGAACUUGGGGAUGUCUUGAAGACCAAGAAUGACGAUAUCAAUCGUAAAGUCUGGGCGAAGCUGCGCUCCAUCAUCGAAACGAAAAUUAAUGUUGACGGCCAGUCUAACGUCGAGGGCUCAAAGUCGGAACAUAACAUGAUCAGUUCGAAGCGCACACGACAUAUCGCAAACGUUGCCGAACCAUACUUUGGUCAGAUCCAAGAAAUCUUCCGCAGCCUUCAAUCCACAAGUUCAUAUCAAGAAAUGCUGCAACACCGAAACAAACUCCCAAUAGCCCAAUAUCGCAACGAGAUCAUUAACAUAUUAGAUCACUCACAGGUAUUAGUGCUAAGUGGCGAAACAGGCUGUGGCAAAUCUACCCAGGUCCCUACUUUCAUACUCGAAGACCAACUCUCUCGAGGAAAACCAUGCAAGGUGUAUUGUACCGAACCAAGACGUAUAUCUGCAAUAUCAUUGGCUCAACGUGUCUCGCGCGAGCUUGGGGAGCCAGUCAAUGCAGUUGGCACGAGCAACUCGUUGGUUGGGUACUCCAUCCGUUUGGAGAGUAACACUUCGAAGAACACGCGGCUCGCCUUCGUCACAAACGGGAUAGCGCUGCGUAUGUUAGAGGGCGGCAGUGGCCAGGGAGGACAAGGAACGGCAUUCGACGAGAUCACGCAUAUUGUUAUUGACGAAGUACAUGAACGAACAAUUGAGUCCGACUUCCUUCUCAUUGUGCUCAAGUCGCUCUUAGAGCAACGAUCAGAUUUAAAGGUCAUCUUAAUGUCAGCCACUGUGGAUGCUCAAAAGAUGGCAGAUUACUUUGGAGGCUGUCCCACACUCCAUGUUCCAGGUCGAACCUUCCCCGUCGAAGUUGGGUACUUGGAGGAUGCGGUUGAAUAUACCGGCUGGUCAAUAUCGGACAACUCUCCAUAUGCUAGGCGACUUCACGACAAGUUUUACAAGAACAAAAAUAAGGCAGAUUGGUCGGAGGACGUAUUGGGCGACGAUGAUGAUUCCGAUUCUAUACCAGGCGAGGUCAAACUCGAGAAACGAUAUUCUCCCGCUACGGCAGCCACGAUCAACUUAUUCGAUGAGCGUCUUGUCCCUUACGAACUCAUCGUCCUUUUAUUGGAGAAGAUUUGUUUCCAAGAUCAUCUCUAUUAUGAUUUUUCUGCGGCCAUCCUUAUAUUUAUGCCUGGAAUAGGAGAAAUACGCCGCCUAAACGAGAUUUUGAUGGAGCAUCACAUAUUCGGGAGCGACGAGUUCAAGAUCUAUCCAUUGCAUUCCACGCUGUCCAGCGAAAACCAAAGCGCCGUAUUUGAUAUCCCAUCUCCCGGAAUACGGAAAAUCGUCAUUGCCACCAAUAUCGCAGAAACUGGUAUAACAAUUCCUGAUAUCACCUGCGUCAUCGAUUCUGGGAAGCACCGGGAGAUGAGAUUCGACGAAAAACGGCAGAUAAGUCGCCUUCUUGAGACUUUUAUCGCAAGGAGCAAUGCGAUGCAAAGAAGAGGUCGUGCGGGUCGUGUUCAAUGUGGUCUUUGUUUCCAUCUGUUCACAAAGAUUCGAUUCGAUUCUCAAAUGGUAGAUAACCCGUUACCGGAAAUGACGAGGCUAAGCUUGUCAGAUUUAUCCUUGCGCAUCAAAAUUAUGAAAGUCAACCUUGGUGCAUCCAUCGAGGAUGUACUCUCGAGGGCGUUAGACCCCCCUGCCGCUAUCAAUGUACAACGGGCCAUCUCCGUGCUUGUCGAGGUUCGAGCCCUAACUCCUUCUGAAGAGAUAACGCCCAUGGGCCGCCUCCUUAGCAAACUUCCUACUGACGUUCAUCUCGGAAAGUUUUUAUUGAUCGCAACACUGUUCCGUUGCUUAGACCCCGCAUUGACUAUUGCUGCAUCCCUGAACUCCAAAUCACCAUUUGUCGUACCCUUUGGUUUGGAAGCGGAGGCCGACCGUGCAAAGGCAUCGUUCAAGAGUGACAAUUCUGAUUUUUUGACUCUUCAUAAUGCCUUUUCGAGCUGGCGGCGAGCCUGUGCAAAUUCUGGGCAUGUUCGCAAAUUCUGUCGACAGAAUUUUCUCAGUCACCAGAACUUGCAGCAGAUUGAGGAGCUUCGCCAGCAAUUCUUGGGAUAUUUAAUUGACUCUUCCUUCAUCCAUGCUGACAAGACUUUUAUUCGAGAACUAAACCGGGCUCGAUAUGGCCGCAACAGAAACCGAUUUGUGUCCGUCCCGCCCGAAUAUGACUAUAACUCCUCCAACACCGCUUUGCUGAAUUCUGCCCUGCUCGCCGGCCUAUACCCAAAAGUUUUGACUGUCGAUAACAAUACGAAUCAGAUGCGCACUCUUUCGAACAACCAGUCGGUCUCCUUCCAUCCCUCUUCUGUCAAUUUCGGAAGCAAGCCAAAGGACAUGGGAGCAAAUCACCUUGCAUACUUCACCUUAAUGCACUCUAAGAAACUCUACGCAUGGGAAACAGCUCCUGUUGAGGACAUGUCCAUGUUACUUCUAUGUGGAGAGGCGGAGUUCAAGCUGAUUUCGAAUAUGGCUUCAAUAGACCGCAAGAUUCGGUUCCAGCUUUCACCUAAGGACAUCAUCGCUGUGAAGAUCCUUCGAUCACAGCUCUCCUUGUUGUUUGCCCACCAAUUCAGAAGCAAAGUCCUCACCGAGUCGCACAUCUUGUGGAACGAUUUAGCGUUCGCUAUUCUUGGAAAGAUGAAGACAGAGGAGGAUGAGGGACAGGCAUCUAUGCGUAUAAACUUGCAACAAUAGUCAGUACUAGUAAUCGAAGUACAAUACUGUUUCACAAUAUUCAGACCUAGGGCAAUUUUGUUAUGUCGUCGUGUCGUCGUGCUCUUUCUGGAAUCACUCACCGUCUAGGUGAGUUCGUCUACAGAAAGGUUUUGUGACGUUCAUUCAGAAUGACCCACAACCAUUACAUCG